GUACCUGUUAAACUACCACUGGUAGUGCUUCAAAAUAAAUUACCGCUUUGGUGUAGAAGCAAACUGACAGCUGUGUAAGAGGCUAGCCCAAGGACAAUUCCUUCAUCAAUAAAGUUACGGUUCCAUUUAUCAAAAUGCCUUUCAAAAUUUCACUCCUGCUUUUCCCCCUCGUUGUUUUGCUGUGCAGCUUUUCUUUGAGCUACAGCAGGGCCCCCAAAUCGACUCGGAGGAGAGGGGCAGCAGGAGGGGCAAACCUUUUGAAGCUCAUCAGCUGCUGUGAUGAUCUGAAGGAGCUGAAGGUCCAAGUGGCCAACCUGACCAGCAUCCUGUCUGAUGUCAGUAAGAAACAGGAGGCGGACUGGGUAAAUGUGGUCAUGCAGAUGAUGGAGCUGGAAAAAGGCUAUCGGCAGAUUGAACCCCGCAUCACAGAAGCAGAGGGAAGAUACUCGGAAGUGAAUAACCGGAUAGACAUCAUUCAGCUUCAGGCAGCCCAAACAGUCACACAAACAUCAGCAGAUGCCAUUUAUGAUUGUGCAUCGCUGUACCACAGGAAUUAUCGGAUAUCUGGGGUGUACAAGCUGCCUGCUGACGAGUUUCUAGGAACUCAGGAACUGGAGGUUUACUGCGAUAUGGAAACGAACGGAGGUGGCUGGACUAUCAUACAGCGUCGCAAAGUUGGCCUAACCUCAUUCGAUCGUGACUGGAAAAUGUACAAGCGAGGUUUUGGCAAUAACCGUGGAGACUUCUGGUUAGGGAAUGAACACAUCUUCCGACUAACCAGGCAGCCAAGUAUGCUCAGGAUAGACAUGGAGGACUGGAAAGGAGAGACCCGUUAUGCUGAGUACAGCUACUUUUCAAUCAGCAACGAAAUGAACAGCUACAGAUCAAUGAUCGGCCAUUACAAUGGGACUGCUGGGCGCGACUCCCUUCGGUACCACAACAACACUGCCUUCAGCACAAAGGAUAAGGACAAUGACAAAUGUGUGGAUGACUGCUCGCAUUUGCGCAAAGGUGGCUACUGGUAUAACUGCUGCACUGAUUCCAAUCUGAACGGUGUCUACUACCGUGAAGGGGAUCACACAGGAAAGGCGGAGGGGAUCACAUGGUACGGUUGGCACGGUUCCAGCUACUCACUGAAACAAGUCGAGAUGAAGAUUCGACCCCAAAAUUUCAAACCUUGAACAAGCUACACACAUUGACAGCUCCGUAGGCAGGAUAUUUCUUGAACAGCUAGAAUCGUAUUGUUUUCCUACAGAAUUGUGCCUUAGUGUUUUAGGGACGAAGAACAUUUUCUUUUUUUUAAUAUAAAAAAACUCGGGGAAGCAAGUUUCUCAAACAUUUCUAUCCCCCGCACCCACUGUAUUCCUAGAGAUAAAUAAUGCAAGGUUUCUAGAUUAAAGUAAAAAGUUCCACACGUACAGAACUGGGCUCUGAAAUGUUGCACUUCAACAAAUUGGAAUUAUCACUUGCAGAAUUGCCAAUGUGGCUUUCAAUGGAUUAAAGCGUUUGAUGUAAAAUUUCAGUAGCGUUUCCGCAAUCGGAAAAUCAAUUCUAGAAAGUUAAGGAUUUCCCUGCCUCACCAUGACAACGGUUUGAGAAAAUCUUCAAAAAAAUUUAACACCACCUAAAACAAUAGUGAAUAAUAAUAA